AACGCACCGUUCGCCCGAGACUUGUGGAGGUGGAGGAAAGAUUCGCGUACCGGCUUGGACGGCACUCUCGCAUUUGCCGGUAGUAGCGAACAGUCGUUGAUAGUGCUCAGGUCGCGUGUGGUGUCCCUCACGAUCAGCUAGGGAAGCAUAGUUGUGGAGAAACUCUAAACUCUUCUAUUUGUUAUUAUAUCCACAACAAUAGAUCCCCCCUCCUCAUAGUGACGCUCUUUAUCAAAACACAAAAGUGGUCUGACCACUUUUUAUUCGGUUUCAUUGAACGCGAUCGCGUAACGAUCGCUUGAUGGUGAAUUUUUGGCAAACGUCAGCGAAGGUUAGGGACAACGCGCGCGCGUUCAGUCUUUAUUGUUAAGCGGUGGCCGCCAGUCCAGCGUUGGGUCGGUCUGUGUGCUGGGGCGAGUGAUGAGCGUUGUGCAUUAAAAUUUUGAACAUUGGCUCAAGGCAUAAGUGAGGGCCACUUUUGCACACACACAGUUGAGCGGUGAUCGGAGGAACGGUAUUAACCAGUGAAUAGUGCAUCAAGUUAAGAUGGCAGAAGAAAAGACUACCCCAAUGGCAGCGCUAAAGCAGACGCUCCUCUCGCUGUCCGUGUCGCUGUCCUACUACUGCAUCGGGCUGGUGCGCGGCUACUCCGCACCGGCCGUCCCCUCCAUGCACGCCACGGUGCCGGAUCUGCUGCCGAGCAAGAGCAUCGCCUCCUGGGUCAGCUCCAUCCCACCGUUCGGUGCGUUCUUCGGCAGCCUGGUCGCGUUCCCGCUGAUGCACCGGAUCGGGCGCAAGUACACCGUGCUGAUCGCGUCACCGCUGUGGGUCAUCUCCUGGAUACUGAUCGCCACGGCGAACGAUUGGCGCGUCCUGUUCGUCGCCCGCAUGCUCUCCGGCUUCGGUGCCGGACUGUCCCUGCCCGCCGCCCAGGUGUACGUGAGCGAGUGUAGCGAUCCGAAGAUACGGGGCGUGAUCGGUUCCCUGCCCGCACUGUCCAUGUCGGUCGGCAUACUGGUGAUGUACAUUAUGGGGAAGUUUUUCCACUGGCGCGUGCUCGCCUGGAUCUGCUGCGGGAUGGCGUGCUGUCUCUUCCUGGCCGUUGCGUGCUUCCCCCAAAGUCCGGUUUGGCUGAAAACGCGCAAACAGUACGAGAAGGCACACUACUCCGCCAAGUGGCUCCAUCUGCAGGGUUUCUCGAUCGACCCGAAAGCGACCAGUGCGGUGGUGGAGCGGAAAGAGAAGCAGCAUCCUUCACCCGCGGAACCCACACCGAAACCCUUCUCCAAGGAAGCGCUACUACGCCGGGAGAUUCUUAUCCCCCUUGGCAUUGGUUUGGUGCUGCUCUCGAUCCAGCAGCUCAGUGGUAUCGAUGCGGUCGUGUUCUUCACGGUAGAGAUCUUUCAUGCGGCUGGAUCGUCCAUGGACGGUCAUCUGGCAACGAUCAUCGUCGGCACGGUGCAGGUACUGAGCAAUGGUGCGGCCCUGUUCGUUGUCGAUCGGGCCGGUCGCAAACCGUUGCUCAUCAUGUCCGGGCUAAUUAUGUGCCUGGCGAUGGCAUCGAUGGGUGCCGCCUUCCAUCUAAACUCGAUCGGUAACACCUGCUUCGGGUAUCUGCCGGUCGUCAGCUUGAUCGUGUUCAUGGUCGGCUUCUCGAUCGGGUUCGGUAGCAUACCGUUUCUGCUGAUGGGUGAGCUGUUCCCAACGGCACAGCGCAGUUUGCUCAGCUCACUGGCCGGUUCGUUCAAUCUGGCCAUGAUGUUCACCGUCAUCAAAACGUACCAUCCACUGGAAGAUCUCAUCACCACCUCCGGCACAUUCCUGAUGUACAGUGUGCUCUGCGCCCUGGGCGUGGUGUUCGUCAUCACGUGCGUACCGGAAACGAAAGGCCGCGAGUUGGAAAGCAUUCAGAAGCUGUUCGAACGUCGACCCCAACCCUGCUCCCAGCUGGAACUGGGAGGCGAAAAGGCAAGCCAUGACAAUCCCAGCUUUAGUGCGGCCGACGAAACAGUGCAUCACCAUUCCAAGUCGAUCGAUACAAAGUUGUAGUAGCGGGAGGAACACCACCUUGUAGAUAUAAUUUCUUUCUUUAAGCGUUUCAACCGAAAUAAACCCCCUUCCCACUCUCAUCGAGAUUAAAUUAA